UUGCGGCACGCGAAGUCGGAUUGGUCCGACGACACGCUGCCCGAUAAGCGACGCCCGCUCGCGGCGAAGGGCAGACGACGCGCGAUGCGGUGCGCGACGCGGUUGGACGAGCGCGCGUGGACGCCGGAUUUGAUACUGACGAGCGACGCGACGAGGUGCCUGGAAACGCUCGAGGCGAUGGGCGACGCGGUGGAGGCGUUUCGGACGGCGCCGGUGAUAUUAGUGCCGGACUUUUACGACAAGACGCACGGGGACGAAGGCGAUGUGUCGCAGGCGAAGAGCGCCAAAGUGAUCGGGAAACGCGUCGGAGUCGAGGUGGGACUGGGGACGAUGCAACCGCGAACCGUGAUGUGCGUGGGCCAUAAUUUCGGAUUCGAGCUCGCCGCGCGCUCGUUUUGCGGGAGCGCGAACGUUGAAUUGAAGACGGCGCACGCGGCUUUGCUCACGGCGAGAGGACCGGCGAGACGUGGAGAGCGAGCAUUCAAGGUAAUCGUCGCACCUUUGGACGACACUGCGCUCGCGUUUGAAGUGUGGAAUCGCGAGCUACGAGGUUCGACGAGCGUGAUGUUUUGCGUGUGCGACGUUGCGGUGUGCGCGGUUAUCGACGAUGCGCCGCCCGAACGCAAUCAUCACGAUGAUGCGUGGCAGCGCGCCUUUACCGACCACAAGUUUCGGCUCGAAGCGGUGUUGAAUCCCGAAGAGCCGGAGAGCGCGUCGGAAAUCAUCAAACGCGUCGUCGAGCGUAUGAUUGAAGAGCUCAUCGAUAGCGAUAUGUCGUCGGAGGAAGUACUCGAGCGCGUCAUCGCGCAAGCCGAAAGCGUCGAAGACGCUAUGAGUCACCAAUCGCGGGCGCUUGGAAGCGGCGAUUUCGAAAUCGAAGAGUGGUGA